GAGAUGACUACGUUGUACAUCGUGAUUGAAGUAAUAAUUGCUGUUCUGUCCAUAUCCGGCAACGUCCUGGUUUGCUGGGCUGUCGCGAUCAACACCACUUUGAAGAACGCCACCAACUAUUUUUUGGUGUCCUUGGCUGUGGCUGAUAUUAUGGUCGGUUGCCUCGCCAUCCCCUUCGCCAUAACCAUCAGCGUCGGCAUACACUUGGACUUCUAUGGAUGUCUCUUCCUGGCCUGUUUUGUGCUGGUGCUGACCCAGAGCUCCAUCUUCAGUCUUCUAGCCAUUGCUAUAGAUAGAUAUCUGGCCGUCAAAAUUCCUCUGAGGUACAAGGAGUUGAUGACGGGAAAGACAGCCAGAGAGAUCAUCGCUAUUUUAUGGAUCCUGUCCUUUGUCAUCGGCCUGAUCCCUUUCUUUGGCUGGAACAAUAAGCACAUUGGCUGCAAGAACAAAAGCAACAGCUCCGAUGCAGACAACACUACAAACACUAGCCUCACGGAGGGGCAGAGGAGUGGAGACUUGUUAUGGAGCUGCAAGCUCCAAUGCUACUUUGAGAGUGUGGUGGACAUGCACUAUAUGGUCUACUUUAAUUUCUUUGUGUGCGUGCUGCUACCGCUGAUCAUCAUGUUGGGCAUCUAUCUGAAGAUCUUCACCGUGGCCAGGAAGCAGAUGAGACAGAUUGAGCUCAAGUGUGUGGGCAACGGGGACAGCCAUCACCACGGGCUGCUGCAGCGGGAGAUCCGGGCCGCCAAAUCCCUCUCCAUUAUCGUGGGACUGUUUGCUCUGUGCUGGCUGCCCGUCCACAUCCUCAACUGCCUCACGCUGUUUUACCAUGAGCUGGACAAGUCGCCCAUUGUCAUGUACGUGGCCAUCAUUCUGUCGCACGCCAACUCCGCGGUCAACCCCAUCAUCUACGCUUACCGCAUCGAGGACUUCAGGAACACCUUCAGCAAGAUCCUGGCCCGGCACUUCCUGUGCCGCCGGGAGGAUCUGUACCUCAGCUCCAACGGCAGCAGGCGCAACAGAGACCAGAUCCACAUGACCAUCGACCCUCUGCUAUAG